AUUGGAGAUUAAAUUAAGCUACAAACUUUGAAAGCAACGGUUUCUAAUAUUCGCAGCUAUAAAUACAGACAAGAGUCACAACUAUUUUGAGCAGCAAAGCAAAAAUCUAUACAUAGAAAUAUAUAUCUAAAUUGAAUAAAAAAAAAAUGGCAACAAUUAGUGUAAGUCAAAUAUUGACCACUUCACUAAUUGUCUUGUGUUUUUUCUUGUUCAAUAACAAAUUAUGCAUUGCCUUAAAAUCACACAAACACUCCAAUCACUCUUCCACCAGAUCUUCUCGCUGGUAUACCGCCGGAGCAACUUGGUACGGCGCCCCCGAUGGUGCCGGAAGUGUCGGAGGAGCAUGUGGUUAUGGAAACAUAGUGGAAGAAGCUCCAUUUUCUUCACUUGUUACUGGGAUUGGUCCAUCACUCUAUAAAUCUGGCAAAGAAUGUGGAGCUUGCUACCAGGUAAAAUGUACGAAGCACCCAUCGUGCUCGAAAAAGGCGGUGCGCGUGGUUAUCACGGACUUCUGCCCCGGAGGAGUGUGCCUGUCGGACGUAGCGCAUUUUGACCUAAGUGGAACUGCAUUUGGUGCCAUGGCCAAACCCGGCCAAGACAACAAUCUUCGUGACGCUGGAGUUUUGCAAAUUCGAUUUGCUCGUGUUCCAUGUGACUAUUCGGGGGAAAAAGUUGCGUUCCAAAUUGAUAUGGGGUCGAACCCUAAUUACAUCGCUAUGGUGAUCGAGUACGAAGGAGGUGACGGUGACCUAAUCCGUGUCGAUCUCCAAGAAUCCGGGUCGGGUCAAACCGCAGGCGACUGGUGGGCAAUGAACCAGUCUUGGGGAGCGGUUUGGCAGUUGAAUCCGGGCAAGGAACUGCACCCUCCGUUUUCGAUCCGGUUGACUUCUCGGUAUUCGGGUCGGGUCCUAAUUGCCAAAGAUGUGAUUCCCACCGGUUGGCAACCGGGUGCCACCUAUAGGUCCGUGGUCAACUUCGUUUGACUAUAAGUAUCAAAGUGUCUAUUAUUUAUAAAUUAAAUAUUGAGAGUUUGUUUUGAUUAAUGUUUUUAUAAAUUAGUUUUUGUUUUUCAAUUAGUAUAGGUUAUUAAAGUGUGUAGCUUCCAAUGCAAUUUUAAUUUCAAGAUUGCAUGAGGGAUGCGUUUUAAGAUGUGUGGGAGUGUGUGUGUGUGUGUGUGUGUGUGAGAGAGAGAGAGAGAGAGAGAGGAGAGAGAAAUAUUCAACAUGAAUAUAUAAUCCUCAAUUAUAUUUUUAUGUAUUUUUAUGAAUAAAUGGAUUUUGUAAUGAUAUGGAGUUUGUAAGCCGAUGGUUUUAUUGAAAUAUAU